GUGAGGUGAGGGUCCAGGUCCAGGCGAAGCGAUGUAAACAAACGUAGGUGCGUGAGGCUGACGGGCUGACGGGAGGGGAGGGACACAGCAUAACACAGUAUUCCUUUUCAACCUGCGGCCCUGCACACAACCAGCAUGGAGAUCCUAGUAGCCAACGUGGACAAGGUGACGUUUGACAUAGAGGUGCAGCUGGAGGAACAAGUGGGCGCCCAGAUGCUGCCUUUCCCCGGCAUGGACAAGUCCAUUGCUGCAGUGUGUACUUUCUACAUGAGAGGGAACUGCAGCAAGAGUGUCAACUGUCCCUUCCGGCACGUGCGUGGCGACCGCACGGUGGUAUGCAAGCACUGGCUGCGUGGCCUCUGCAAGAAGGGCGACCAGUGUGAAUUCCUCCAUGAAUAUGACAUGUCCAAGAUGCCUGAGUGUUACUUCUACUCCAGAUUCAAUGCGUGCCACAACAAGGAGUGUCCAUUCCUACACAUCAACCCUGACAUGAAGAUGAAGGACUGUCCCUGGUACGACCGAGGGUUCUGCCGCCACGGACCACAAUGCCGCAACCGUCACGUCAGAAGAGUCCUGUGCAUGAAUUACUUUGCUGGUUUCUGCCCUGAUGGUCCAAGCUGUAAAUUUAUGCACCCGAGAUUUGAGUUGCCUCAGGUGAUGGAUGACAAGCAGACGUCACACAAGAAACAGGGCAUCACGUGUCACUACUGCGGGGAGACGGGACACAAGGCUUCACAGUGCUUCAAGGCAAACCCAGAGCUCAGGGAACAGAAUGCCAUUAUUAGUUUGGCGUCAGGUGGGCCCAAGAACCAGCCAGGCAAGGACACGUCAUCACAAAACAGCUAUGACACCGGCAACAGACUGGACAAUAUCACGUGCUUCAAGUGUGGUGAACAGGGGCACUUCGCUAAUCGGUGCACUAAAGGCCAGUUUGCUUUCCUCAGCUCUGGCAAUUGACGGUAGGGGUGGUGACAGGGCUAUAAUGUAUUGUUUAUAGUAAUGCAGUGAAAGUAAUGCCGUUUUUCUAUGUGUGUGUGUGUGUGUGUGUGUGUGUGUGUGUGUGUGUGUGUGUGUGUGUGUGUGUGUGUAAUAAUAAAUGAAGUGUUGUCAGUUAA